GCUUUAUUUUUCAAUUCUUGCUAGUCCCGGUUUUGCAUUUCUAAUGACAGUGAACUGACAACGCGUGAAAGCGGUCUGAGGAGCAAAACAAAGCCAGCAAGCCUGCUUCUGGUGUGCCAAGAUUAAUCAAUAUUCCAGAAACCUCGCGGUUUCCCCCUCCUCCCCUGUGCGGUUUCCAUUCCCCGCUCCUCCUUUCCCGGGUACAGACUCCUCCCCUUUUCUUAAGUUGCCCUGAUAGUAACUUGCAGUCUCAGAGCACAUGCACACUGUCAGGGCUAGCCUGCCUGCUUACGCGCGCUGCGGAUUGUUGCUCUGUUGUACCUGCUGGGGAAUUCACCUCGUCACUGCUUGCUAUCUUUCACCCCUUACAAAAUCAGAAAAGCUGUGUUUUCUAAUACCAAAGAGGAGGUUUGGCUUUCUGUGGGUGAUUCCCAGACACUGAAGUGCAAAGAAGAGACACUCCUAGAAAAGUAAAAUAUGACUAAAAGCAAUGGAGAAGAGCCCAAGAUGGGGGGCAGGAUGGAGAGAUUCCAGCAGGGAGUCCGUAAACGCACACUUUUGGCCAAGAAGAAAGUGCAGAACAUCACAAAGGAGGAUGUUAAAAGUUACCUGUUUCGGAAUGCUUUUGUGCUACUCACUGUCACCGCUGUCAUUGUGGGUACAAUCCUUGGAUUUACCCUCCGACCAUACAGAAUGAGCUACCGGGAAGUCAAGUACUUCUCCUUUCCUGGGGAACUUCUGAUGAGGAUGUUACAGAUGCUGGUCUUACCACUUAUCAUCUCCAGUCUUGUCACAGGAAUGGCGGCCCUAGAUAGUAAGGCAUCAGGGAAGAUGGGAAUGCGAGCUGUAGUCUAUUAUAUGACUACCACCAUCAUUGCUGUGGUGAUUGGCAUAAUCAUUGUCAUCAUCAUCCAUCCUGGGAAGGGCACAAAGGAAAACAUGCACAGAGAAGGCAAAAUUGUACAAGUGACAGCUGCAGAUGCCUUCCUGGACUUGAUCAGGAACAUGUUCCCUCCAAAUCUGGUAGAAGCCUGCUUUAAACAGUUUAAAACCAACUAUGAGAAGAGAAGCUUUAAAGUGCCCAUCCAGGCCAACGAAACGCUUGUGGGUGCUGUGAUAAACAACGUGUCUGAGGCCAUGGAGACUCUUACCCGAAUCACAGAGGAGCUGGUCCCAGUUCCAGGAUCUGUGAAUGGAGUCAAUGCCCUGGGUCUAGUUGUCUUCUCCAUGUGCUUCGGUUUUGUGAUUGGAAACAUGAAGGAACAGGGCCAGGCCCUGAGAGAGUUCUUUGAUUCUCUUAACGAAGCCAUCAUGAGACUGGUAGCAGUAAUAAUGUGGUACGCCCCCGUGGGUAUCCUCUUCCUGAUUGCUGGGAAGAUUGUGGAGAUGGAAGACAUGGGCGUGAUUGGGGGGCAGCUUGCCAUGUACACUGUGACUGUCAUUGUUGGCUUAUUCAUUCACGCAGUCAUCGUCCUGCCACUCCUCUACUUCUUGGUAACACGGAAAAACCCUUGGGUUUUUAUUGGAGGGUUGUUGCAAGCACUCAUCACUGCUCUGGGGACCUCUUCAAGUUCUGCCACCCUACCCAUCACCUUCAAGUGCCUGGAAGAGAACAAUGGCGUGGACAAGCGUGUCACCAGAUUCGUGCUCCCUGUAGGAGCCACCAUUAAUAUGGAUGGGACUGCCCUCUAUGAGGCUUUGGCUGCCAUUUUCAUUGCUCAAGUUAACAACUUUGAACUGAACUUCGGACAGAUUAUUACAAUCAGGGAUCGCCUCCGGACCACCACCAACGUACUGGGAGACUCCCUGGGAGCCGGGAUUGUGGAGCAUUUGUCUCGACAUGAACUGAAGAACAGAGAUGUUGAAAUGGGUAACUCAGUGAUUGAAGACAAUGAAAUGAAGAAACCAUAUCAAUUGAUUGCACAGGACAAUGAAACUGAGAAACCCAUCGACAGUGAAACCAAGAUGUAGACUAACAUAAAGAAACGCUUUCUUGAGCACCAGGUGUUAAAAACCAUUAUAAAAUCUUUCCAUCUCAUUACAGCUCAUUCUCUCCAGCAAGCCCCUUAAUCCCCUUUCCUCCCUUCUGAUAAGAUUGGAAAGUAGUCCUCCAAAAAACAAGGGAGGAUUUUGGGUGGCCAAAGUGUAUAAUUUUCAUCCCACAAUUGAAAUUUUUACAUCAUUUCAUGUUAGUCUUACCUAAUAAGGUACCAAGAUCAAAAAUAUUCUGGAUCAGAUCUUACAAGUUUAUGUGGCACACAAUCCUAUAAAUGUGAUUUUUUUUAUAUAAGUUAAACAAAUAGUAGGCUAAAAACAUUUUAUAAUCAACUUUUGAGAUUUGAAAAUCUUUCAGAAUACAAUUGAGUUUUAGUUUCAAAAUGUUAACAACUUGAAUUACAACCGGUUAUCAGUUGAACAGUAAGAUUUUGUCCCUUUCUCAUCUGACUGGUAUACUGAUUUCAUUAGUAGCGAGGUGCACAUAUACAUCUAGCACAGCUGUGAGGACAGACAGAGGCAGUUUCCAUGUGGCCUUGAGUAAAUCCCAUCUCACCUCUAGGCCUCAGUGUCCUCAUCUAUAAAAUGAGGGACUUCCCUAGAUGUCUUCGUGGUCUCUUCCAGCCCAGACAUCCUAUCAUGUCAUGAAAGCGCCUGCCCUCUAUUUCCCCUCAGAACACCCCGUACCAUCCAUGGAGCACAGGGCUUUCAGAAAGGACACUUUAAUGGGAGUGAAAAUUUCUAAGGACGGGAUGGCUAUGUGUGGUGGUCACCAGGUCCUGUGUGCAAAGUGCAGGUUAUGCAAGUCGCCAGGCAGGAGGCCAUUCCAGGACUGGGAUUAUUCGUAAAACCCUUUGCCCAGUUCAUCCCAAUGGGGGAAGUAUUCCCUUCUUACUCUGGGAAGAAUGUCUCCCGCCACUCCUCAAACAGAAGAGAAGGUAGCAGCUAGCAAGGGUGCUUGUGGGCACACUAUGGAACACUAAAGAGCUAGGAAAGAGUUGAGCACAGGCAACAUUAUAAACAAAGGAUUUGAAAACACCAAGAGUACAGGUCUUCUUUAAGGAAGAAUAAAAAAGAGGUUCUUUUUUUGGCUUUUUUUUUUUCACCUGAAACACUUCUUCUCUUGAGUCCAAAAUCAUUCCCCCAUGAAGUCUGCCUACCAAAACAUAAAGAUCACUUAUAUAUUUGAAAGAAGUCAAACGAAUGAGCUGUCUAAUAGAAGUCCAUGAGUUGAGUGGGUAUUUUUUAUUUGAAAGUGCUUUUCUUUAAUCAAAAGUCCUUAGAACGAGAGAAACAAAAUAUUUCUGUUUUGGAAUCCCACUUAUCAAAUCAUUCAAAACUUUCAGCUGGAGUGGGGUUUGCUUUUGUUUUGUUUGUGUCCAUAAGAAAAAUGGUAGAAGAUGAAUCAGUAUGAAGACACUGUCAAUGAGGUUAUGAGAAAAAACAGCAGGGGCAUUAGUUUCAGGCAAGGCAGCUCCCAGGUUUAGAGAUUAAUUUUUACCCCCUAAGGAAUAUCCAGUCAAAGAUGCUGAGUGGGAGCUGUCAGGCAGUAGCAGCUGUGUUUGAGUUUCUGGCUGAAAAUGGUGAAGAAUGGACUUAAUUAUGCUAACAGACUGAAAAUCUAGACAUACAUCCUCUGAUAUACAAUUAGAGAUAUUUUUAUAUAGACCCCAAGCAUUCUGUGUAUAAAAGUUAACAUUAGGCUGUGAUGGAGUAACCAUUUAAUGUCGAGGCUCUAUUUGGGAAAUACACUACAAAUGUUAAUGUAUGUGGCUGUCAUCUUAAGAUACUAGUAGAGCAAAGACUUAAUCAUAUCAACUUAAUUCUGUUAUACAAUUUUUUUACAUACUAACCAUUUCUUAUGGAAAGAUCCUGUAGGGAGCCCAUCCUCUCACCAAGCCAUCACAAGCUCUGCAUACACAUGCAUUCAGUGUGGACUGGGAAGCAUUACUUUGUAGAUGUAUUUUGAAUAAAGAAAAAAAAUAGUUUUACAUUAA